GACUCUGCACUGCAGAGUACUGACGUGAAGACCGUGGAGGCUCUGGUCUGGAGUUGUCGGCGAUAACUCGACCAUUGAAUUCAAUUGGAUUUAUGAAUUAAAUUUCCUGAAAAUCAUCAGCCCAAUUUAUUAUUUUACAACAUGGCUCUAAAUCUGUUUAAACAGAUCAGGAUGCAACGUUCGCUCGCCACGAAAAUCUCGUCGGCAAAAUUCUACACUGGAAGCCUGUAUGAGCCUGAUUACUUACAGACGGGAAAGUCGAAAAUCCCACUUUUACCUGUGAUAAAUAUACAAAUCAAAGGUUACAAUUAUCCUAUACUAGAAUCUUAUCAGUCUUUCAUACACAAGUUGGCAAACAUUAUACAAAUUGAUGUAGAGAAUAGUUGGCCAUUACCACCUCAAGAAUUUAAGAUUCAAAGAUAUAAAACUGGCACGACAAAAAUUGUAUCAGAGUACAAUCUCAAAAUUUACGAAAGAAAUACGCAGAUGUCGGAAGUAUCUACUUUAAAGUGUUCGAUAUUAAUCAGGGCAUUGGAAGCAGCUUUACCACAGGGCGUUACUCUAAAUGUAGACACUUUUGAUCCAGUUCUAGAAUCAAAGCGAUUUAUACCGGACAAAGACUUGAUGGACUUGAAGUCUAUGUUAGAUACAAUGAAUAAACCUAAAAGCUAAAU